AGAGCCCGAUAAUGAUAAGAAGAACCCUUCUAAGGAAUAACUUGAGGUUGUUCGGUACCAGUGCUAGACGUUUGAAUGCAAACCCGUUUUUGUAUAUUAAGGAUUUCGAAACUUUGAAUACCAAAAUUAAUGAUAAUUUACUCAGUUUGAAAAAUCCAAAUGAUGAUUUAAUCAUCCAAGCUAUAAAAGCAUGUAAUGAUUUACAAAAAGAUAUACAUGAUUACGAUAAGUUUUGGCAGGAUCCAACCAACGAGAAAUUAUCGAAGAAAAUAUCCGAAAUCUUAUUCAAUGAAAAUAUAACUUUUGAUAAAGAAUUAUUAACUAAAAUUUUAUUACUUAAAUUACCAAUAGUAAUUAAUAUUAAAAUAUUACAAGUUUUCUAUGAAAGAAAUCCUUCGAGUCAUAUAGAUAAGUCAAUUGCAUUAAUACCAUUCCGUCAUUCAAUUUUCAAUGGAGAUUUGAAAAAUUCAUUAAAAAUUAUCGAUUUAACAACUGGCCAUCCAAAUUAUAUAAAUUAUCGAAAUGAUCAAUUAAAAUCUGGUUUCAGUAAAUUAAUGUUGACUGCUGCUGGUAUAACUCUAUUUUCUAAAGUUGGUGUACAACAAAUCAUCGAUUUGGGUUAUCUUUCUUCAAGUUGGAGACAUUUAGGCUCAAUAAAUUCAAUGAUUUUAACUUACCUUUUAAAUUCGAGUUUUUUCAUAACAAUUGUUAAAUUCGGAAGAACUUUAAAAUCUUCUGGUGGUGAUUUCUUAACGUGGCAAAAGGGUACUUUCUAUAACCAUUGGUUUAAACAUUCUGAUGAAAUGUUAAUGUGUUCAAAAUUAAUGGAGGCAGAUUUUAAAUUAAAUAAUUACACUGAAAAUUCUCCAGAAUUAGUUGAAGAAUUAUGUAGAGAAGACAUAAACGUUAGUGGUGGUGGCUCAGUGUUAAAACCAGGGCUUACCAGAGAUGGUCAUAAGGUUAGAUUAUUGGCCCCAAAAGAUAAUAUAGAAGAUUUAAAACUUCAAGCUUAUUGGAUGAGUGGAGGUGAUGGUUUUGAAUGGGUUGAACCAGAUCAAGAUCCUGCUGAAUUGAUCUGGAGAAAGCAUUUAGAUAAAUUCAAUAAACCAAGUCUUAACAAUGGUGAUUCUACUAAAAAAUUAAAAUGGGCUGAAGAAUUAAUCGAUGAAAAGAAAAAUUGAUUCUCUUGUAAAUAUUUAUUCAUAUAAUUCAAAUAUAUUUAAAAGAAAG